AUGAGCUCCGCCCGCGAGACUCCCGCCCCACUCCGGCGCCACGACACUCUUCGCCAAAAGCAGAAGCUACAUGACGUCCUCGGCGAUGCCGGCCUCGUUUACUGGCGCUCCUUCAAUGCGUACUUGCUCGGCAAGCUCUCCCAGCGCGAGUUCGUGGAUCUAGUGCGGUCCUUGCUCAAGACACCUGAAAAGAUCGAUCUACAUAACCAGCUGGUCAAGAGUAUUCUGUACAAUGCGUCUUUGCCUGAUGAGCCACAUCCAGCGGCGUCGCAGAUGCUGCAUAAGCGUCGGCGGAUGGAUGGCACAGCCGACUUUGACUCGGAUGCCACGUACAUCGAACCGGUGGACCGAGUGCGGGAGUGGAUCAUGGGGAUGGGCGGAAAGGAACGCGAGCGAGUCCGCCGCGCGGCGGAUGAGGACGGCGCCGCGCCCGAAGAGGUCUCCGAUUGGGACGUGGGAAACGGCGAGCGCAAGCGCAAGUACAAUGUCUAUGCUUCAACUCCGGCCCAUCCACCCCUGGCGCAAACGAACCGCACGCUGCCGUCGGCGAGCCAGCUGGCGUCCCGUCUCGCCCAAGUCGCCAAGCCACUCGGUCUCGACCUCGAUCCCGACCAGGCACGGGACGUGGGCGAGUUUAUGGGGGUGGGGUUACAGACCCACCUCGGCGAGAUGCUGCACUCAUACGUCCACUUGACGGGGCGCGACCGGCCGGGCGAAGACACGAUGCGCGUCCCGCUGGGCACGAAGAACGCCAAUGUCGAGGAAGAAGAGCACGACGUGCCCAAGCCUGAUCUCUCGACAAUACAGUCUCUCUUCACCCUCGCGCCCGGGCUGCAGGCCACUGUCUCUCCUGCGCUCUACAAGCUUGGGUCGGGGCUUACGAUCGCCGAGUACGAGAACAACAACCCGCCACCACGCAAGCCCACCCCUGCGUCGGCAGCCAUUCCCCCGCCCCCGUUCGUCGCCGCCGCCGCCGGGAACUCUGUGUCGCCCAAAAAGGCUGCCCAGGCGAUCCAGACCGCUGCCGUACAGGGCCGCGUCGACACCGUGUCCGACAUGCUGGCGGAAACGGGCCUGCUCAAAAUCGACAAGGGCGGGCACGAGCAUGGGCCGACCGACGGCGCGCCCAAGAAGGAGAAGAAGCACACCUUGCACUGGAAGUACGAGGACCCCGCGACGUUGCUCAAGGACGUCUUGGGAUAG